CAAACACACACACAGACAUAGAGACACACGCACAGAGAGAGAAAGAGAGCGUGAGAAAGAAAGAGAGAGAGAGACACACACACACAGAGGGAGAGAGAGAGAUAGUGAGAGAGAGACAUAGAGACACACACACACACACACAGAGGGAGAGAGAGAGUGUGUGUGAGAGAGCGAGAGAGAGAGAGCCUCCCUUCCUCGCCAACAGCGCGUCAUUUUUAGCUCCAGAGCGUGUUGAAUGUCUGGAGGUGAGUUAGGACCACAGCCGGGCUCUUUGAAUGUGUUUACCCGUCAAUCUCUCCCCUAAUAUCGGCCGGAGAGGAGCGAUUAUCCGGAGGCGGGGUGGGCUGGUGGAGGUGGGGGGGAGAUGGUUCCUUCUGCAGGAUGGACCGGAACAAAGUCGUGGCCGGGUUCGCGUGCUGCUGGCUCCUGCUGGCCCUGUCUGUGUCUGCGGAGGUCACUGAGGUUGGGCACUUGAAGAUUGUUCUGAGUGCAGCUCCCCUCUCCUGUUCAGAAGGCUUUGCAAAUCUGGGAUACUAUAACGGCUCAGUGUCCCACACGGACUCAGGCUCCCCCUGCCUGAAGUGGACAGACUUCCCAGACUACUUGCAGCAGUACCCAGGCCGAGGUCUGGGGGACCACAGCUUCUGCCGAAACCCAGACCAAGAGGCCAACCCCUGGUGCUUCUUCAGGCAGAGCUCAGGUGCCAUCGGCUGGGCCUACUGCGACUGCCAUCAGGGUGCAGCCAGAUUGGUGGGGGGGUCAUCAGGCAAUAGUGGGCGCCUGGAGGUGUAUCUGAAUGGCCAGUGGGGGGCAGUAUGUGAUACCCACUGGACCGACCGGGAUGCUAGCGUCAUAUGCAGACAGCUGGGACUGGGUGAGAUCGGCACAGCCCUGCGGCAGUCCUACUUCGGCCCAGGUUCCGUCUUCCACUAUGAGCGUCUGGGUUGCCGUGGUAAUGAGAAUUCGCUGCUGGAGUGCCGGAGCAGGAGGUUUCUCACCAGUGACUGUAACCAUGGCAAUGAAGCAGGGGUGGUUUGUGCUGAGCCUGAAGGCACUGGCAUCCCUUUGAGGCUGGUGGGAGGCCUGGAGGACUUUGAGGGGCGCGUCGAGUUGUACCGUGAUGGCAAAUGGGGAACAAUCUGCAAUGACCGGUGGGACGACACGGAUGCUGAGGUGGUGUGCCGACAGCUGGGCCUGGGGGGCGUGGCCAAGGCGUGGACGUGGGCCCACUCCCAGAGUGCGGGUCCCAUCUUCCUGGAUGGGGUUGAGUGUUCAGGCAAUGAACUCUCUCUGGAGGAGUGUCCUCACGAUAUCUGGGACCAGCACACCUGUGACCAAAUGAAAGAUGCAGGGGUGUCCUGCAACCCAUACAGAGCAGACGGUGCCGUUCGUCUGGUGGGUGCAGACAGUCACUGGGAGGGACGCGUGGAGAUUUACCACCAGGGACAAUGGGGCACUGUGUGUGAUGACAACUGGACUGAGCUCAACGCCCAGGUAGUGUGUAGGCAGCUGGGCUUCAGAGGCCGAGCGGCGGUGGCUCCUGACGGGGUGUAUGAAGAAGGUCGGGGGCUGAUCCUGCUGGACGAGGUGCAGUGUAGGGGAACAGAGACCAGUUUACUGGCCUGCACCCACUCUGAGUGGGGGCAGCAUGACUGCUCCCACAGUGAGGACGUAGGUGUCCGCUGUGAGAGGGGAGCUGAUACCAAGGAGAUACUCAGCCUUCUGCCUUCUAUUGGCCCUCUGGUGCGUUUGGUGGCCGGAGAGAGCAGGAAGGAGGGCCGAGUGGAGGUCUUCAUCAACGGCCAGUGGGGGAGCGUGUGUGACGAUGGCUGGAAUGAUGUCAACGCGGGUGUGGUCUGCAGACAGCUGGGAUUCACCGGGGUGGCUAAAGCUCGGUCCAUGGCGUACUUUGGUGAGGGUCAAGGUCCCAUCCAUCUGGACAACGUCCGAUGCUCGGGCGCAGAGACGUCCUUAGGCCAGUGUCCAGCUGUGGGUCAGGACAGCCACGACUGUCGCCACAGUGAGGACGCGGGCGUCAUCUGUGACUACACCCUGGAUCCCCUGGGGGACGCGGCCGCAGCAAUGCAGACCUGUGGCCAAAGACUCAAUAACCAGCGGCGUCGACGCAGGAUUAUAGGAGGGGAUAAGUCCCUGAGAGGCGAGUGGCCCUGGCAGGUGUCUCUGUGGCUCAGGUCUCAGUCUAAAGGAAACCAUCCUCUGUGUGGCGCGUCCCUCAUCAGCCCCUGCUGGGUGGUGACGGCAGCCCACUGCUUCAAGAGAUUUGGCAGAGACCCGACCCGCUACGUGUUGCGCCUGGGGGACUACCAUACUGAGGAGCAGGAUGACUUUGAACGCACCUUGUCACCUGAACGCAUCGUUAUCCACAGGAAGUACCGCAGCCAGGGCUGGGAGCAUGACAUCGCUCUGCUGCGGCUCAAAGGCACAGAGGGCAACUGUGUGGCAUUCAACCCUCACACUGGGGCCGUGUGUCUGCCAGAGCCGGGCAGCAGGUGGGAGAAGAGGCCUGCUGCCUGCGUGAUCACCGGCUGGGGCAUCACAGACUCGGAGUACUCCCGGACCCUGCUCCAGGCCUGGGUGCCCCUGCUUCCAGCCUGGAAGUGUAAGAAGCGAUACGGUGACCGCUUCACCAGCCGCAUGCUGUGUGCCGGGAGCCUGUCGGAGCGCCACCGUGUGGACAGCUGCCAGGGUGACAGUGGGGGGCCACUGGUUUGCCAGGGGGAGGGGGGGCGUUGGGUGCUGACGGGAGUCAUCUCCUGGGGUCACGGCUGCGGUAACCCCUCGUUCCCUGGGGUGUACACGCGUGUAAGCAGGUUCCUGCGAUGGAUUGAUAAGGUCAUCAACAAACCCUACAAGACCUGAUACCGGAGACACUCAGAGGUCUUCACCAUUGGUACAGUUGUCUUUUCUGACAUUUAACCCUUUCACCUCACAUCCAAAAUGCAACCAAAACACUUAAUACACAUCUCCGAAUCAACUCUUUUGUCAUUUGUCUCCCAACAGAAACCCUGUGUGAAGUAUUAUUACACAAUGACCUACAGGAGCACUAACAACAAGCAGCAUUACACUAUACAAUAACUCUCUUAUUAAUUUAAUAAGCAUAAACCAAGAUUCCACUACAACAGAAAAGGACUCUUCUUCAUUGAAUGGCUUGUGCUAGCUCAGUAUAACUCAUCAAUCAUAAAAAUGAAUCAGAAAUGCUCCAAUGUGUUUCCAAAGGCUAUACUCUUUGCCAUUUUUCUUUCUUUUCAGUUUUUUUUUAUGACUGCCAUGACAAUUUCUUCAAUACUUUUAACAAUUUUGCUAAACUCUCAACACAGUUAGCACAACAUCCGUCUGUGUAGGCUAUACUAUUAACGCAUUUCCUGUUGCUUUGACACAAAAUGCAUACAGUUAAGGGACAAGGGUCGUCAAUGACAGUAAUGGGGGAAAAAACUAAAAUCUUUAAGAAUGAUACAUUUAUGAUACCAAAUGUGGCUCAUUUCCUCACCUUUCACAAGUCUGUCAUCAUCAAAGAAUGAACACAGGUGCUCAGUGUUGUACAGUGAGCCCCAAUUAGGAGUGAAUACAUUUUUAUUUAUUUUUUAUUUAUUUUAGAUAUGUGUCUGUGCAAGCUUGAAUGGUAGGGUGGUAGGGAUUCAACGUACAUUUAACAGUAUAUUUUACAGUUCAUUACCGUGCAAAAUGGAGUGUAAAUACAGAGGUUUGGUUGAGUUUGAGUGAGAUAACAUAUUAAUGAAAAAGGUGUGGUCAUUGAAUGCCUUUUGUUUCAAAGGAUGAAAAGAGAUCCAUAGUUCAGUGCAUGCUGACUUCUGCUGUGCUGAAUGUAGAAAGAGUUCAGAAAAAGGCCCCAAUGUGAAACCUCAGGCAUAGUGAGAAAUACGUGAUGCAUUGAAUAACCCCUGAAUAACCAGUAAUAAUAAUACACUGAAUAACCAGUGUUGGUUCAUUCAGGGCUUGUGGCAGGAAGUGUGUAUCGCCCAUUGUUUCCGUGUUGUGCCCAGGGGUGAUUCUAGGAUCAGACCUUUAGGGGGGGCUCAGCCCCUAAAGGGAAUGAGACACAGAUACAGUGCCUUGCAAAAGUCUUAACCCCCAUCCUGCUAAAUCAGUAAUUUCAUAAUCUGACACUUUAUAAGUCACAGUAAUAACAACCAAGUUUCUUACGUUUCCAUGUGGGUUCUAAUCUGCUCCAUUAAAUUACUUCUUCUCUGGGGACUAAAACGUUGAACUUCCCAACUGUCUCCUGCUCUCCCCCUGACAGAUCAGAUGGAGACUCAGCCAAAGGCGGGAGUCUGAAAUAACCACCUCUGAUUGGCUAAAACUACAUUUCUGUUAACCCUUUCCUUGUCUGGGUUACAGGUGCGUAGCAUCAGCGACAGACACACAGGAUAUUAAUCUCAAGCUCAAGCCCCCUUAAAAAGGGUCUACAAUUGCCAAUGGUUGUGCCUCCUACACUGAUCCAUAUUUGCCGUUGUAUUAUAUCGCAGUGUGAACUAAUGCCAAAUGUCCACAUAGUACAUGACACCUGUGUUGUGUCAUACUUUUGAGGAGAGCUAGUGAUGAUCUGUGGAAGAUUUUCCCAAACUGCAACAUGGCUGGACAAUACAGAUCUUUAUGGGUCCAGAAUUCUAGACCUGAUUUAAAGUGGACCAGUGAAAAAACCCAACAUGCAUGAAUACAUUUUUAAUUUAUCUAUAGGUACCAUUCCCCAUAGAGAUUAGAAUCCAUCCAAACAGGAAAUAGGGAAUAGAGAAAGACAUAUUGACACACAGACCUGAGAGCUGUAGCAGUCCAAUUUGGAUCCAGCUACUAGCAACCAAGUUAACCCAUGAAGACAUCUACUGAGUACAUAUGACACGGUUAGAUAGUGCUAUACUAAGCCAGUGAAGUGAAAAGGUGAAUGACAUUGCACAAAAAUUGCAUGCCUUACAAUCCCAGGGUCGUCUGUUAAUGAGAAGGCCGGAGCCAGUGAAAGAAUGACAGUAAUGGAAAAAAAAAAAAAGACCUUUUAAGAGUGAUACAUAUAAGAUACCAAAUGUGUACAUACUGACAUUUUAUUUUUUUAUGAACAUUCCAAGUGUGCAUCUCUGAACCAAAACCACUGGUCAAACCAUAACUCAUGUGCUAACCAUUGAUGAUAUCAAAGUGUAUUGCUAAAAUGUUACUAUUUACAGGUCCCUAUGAUAACAUUUACUGUCUAUAACCUACGGUACAAAGUGUAAAAAGUGCAAGAUAGGCUGUCUUCGUACACAUGGGUUAGAGAGACUUAUAACCAAGGCUGACCAUCAGCAAUCGGAAAAACAGGUAACUGCCCUGGGGCCUGCAAAAGCCUAAGCUUUACUGUUUGGCAAGUGUUUUUUGGGUGAUUUGAUUUACUGUGUUUAGGAAUAUGUACAGCAUAUUAUUAAAGGGUAACUACUGUUUUUAUCAACCUGGA